UAAUUUAUUGAUUGACAUGAUGAAUUUGCAGGACUUCCUGAACAUGUAUUUCAAGAACAUAUACAAACCAAUACCUCUAGAUUACAAUCUUGUUCUAGCAAUGUUAUGGCGUCAUCCGGAGAACGUUAAACUGGCUGAAGUGAAAGUUGUACAUUAUUGUGCAGCGGGAUCAAAGCCAUGGAGGUACACAGGCAAGGAAGACAACAUGCAAAGAGAUGACAUAAAAAUGCUGGUGAAGAAAUGGUGGGACAUUUACGAGGAUAAGUCGUUGGACUACAAGAAACCGGUGGCCCUAAAUCAAGGAUCGGAUUCAGAACCCAUAAACUUGCAGCCGUUGAUUGCAGCUGCUAUGUCUGAGGCUGGCGCAGUGCACUGUUUCAUUGCGCCAUCCGCUGCAUAAUUUUGACAUUAGGCGAAUGGCUUCGGCUAACCCUAACACCCCACGAAUCCCACAAAAUUAAUGUAUAUUGCACCAAAUUAGAUCGAACAAAACACCAAAGGAACCUUGAUUAAAAGAAGAAAAUAUAAAUGAGAAUUUCGGAAUGGUAAAUUAAAGUUCCUAAAUUUUAUCUUAAGAGGUAAAAAUUAGGAUAGAUUGCAGAGAGAGAAUGUGAAUGUCGCAGUAAUGUAAAAGAUAUCUGUUCUCUUGAAUGAAGAAUAUAUAUUAUGGAAUCUAUAUUAGAAUUGAAAAGGAAAUGUUUUGAUUUAA